AUGGGCGCAAACCAAUCUAGUGCAUCUGGCGGCUCGGGUCACGCAAGGAAGCAAACAACCAACCAAGUCAGAGUUUGUUACUAUGAGUUGCUAGCUAUAUCGCGGACCGCAACCGAUGAAGAAAUUAAGAAAGCGUACCGGAAAAAGGCCCUAGAACUGCAUCCCGAUAGGAACUAUGGCAACGUUGAAGCUACCACGCAGCUGUUUGCAGAAGUCCAAUCCGCGUAUGAGGUCCUCUCGGACCCACAAGAGAGAGCAUGGUAUGACAGCCAUCGAAAUGCGAUCCUUUUCGGAGAUGAUGAGGAUGGAUCGAAUUACCCCUAUGAGCACAACGUUCGGAUGACGACGUCACACGAUAUCUUGCAAACGAUCGGAAGGUUCCACGGUCAAGCGGACUUCACAGACUCGCCAAACGGUUUCUAUGCAACUUUACGAGGCAUUUUCACAAAUCUUGCCAAGGAAGAGGAACUAGCUUGCGGAUGGGAGGGUGUUGAGCCUUUCAGCUAUCCCUCCUUUGGAUCGGCCAACGAUGAUUACCAAGAUACUGUUAGGUCGUUCUACGCUGUCUGGACUGCAUUCGCAACUCGAAAACCCUUUGCGUGGAAAGAGCUUUACAAGUAUUCUGAUGCGCCGGAUCGUCGGGUGCGCAGGUUGAUGGAGAAGGAAAACAAGAGGCUACGAGAAGAAAGCAUCCGUGAGUUCAAUGACGCUGUUAGAUCUCUUGUGGUUUUGGUGAGAAAGCGAGAUCCAAGGGUGAAAUCGGGGAAAGAGACUGAGGCAGACCGACAAAGAACCCUGAGAGACGCUGCCUCAGCACAAGCUGCCAGAUCCAGAGCCGCCAAUCAGUCAAGAGCAGAUCAAAGUAAUGCCAUACCACAAUGGACGAACACAGCUGGACUAGAAGAGUCGAUUAUAUACGAAGAGGAAAGUCCUGUGUCAUCUGACGAGACAUUCGAAUGCGUUUUAUGCGAUAAGAUUUUCAAAAGUGAGCAGCAGUACAAUGCGCACGAAAGAAGCAAAAAACAUGCAAGAGCCUUACGGCAAGUACAAAAAGAAAUGCAGCAAGAUGAUGCAGAUCUCGCCCUCCACCACUCAUCGCCUUCAGACCACGAGCCGGACGCGGAACAUGGCAUCACUUCCAACUAUAGCAAUGAUGGAAAGCAAGACCAAGCCUAUUCAGAAGAUGCGCCGGUCUCUGGAUCUGGCCAACCUUCCAGAUUUGACAGCUCCCCUGACAACGAGUUCAUAAGGAUAGAAGACGCUGAUGCCCAUGGGUCUGAAGCAUCAUGUAAUGAUCAAUUUUCUCCGGCGGCGCGAUCCAGUACUCACGAAUCUAGAGUAUACGCGGGAGGUUUUGACCCUUCGAUUUCUCAGCUUGAUAGCAGUGUAGAAUCUCUCGGCCAGCAGCUUACCUCUGAGUCUGUCGUAGAGGAGAAGCAGCCUAAGAUUGGUAAAGCCAAAGAGAGAAGAGCGCGAAAAGCUGCUCAAGCAAACACCUCACGUGGUGUGGAGGACCACGCCCACAGCUGCACUAGCUGUCAGGUGGAAUUUUCGUCAAAGACAAAACUUUUUGCCCAUAUCAAGCAGUUUCCAAAACAUGCACAGCCAGUAGCAAUGCCCACGCCGAAGAAAAAGCGAGGUAAGAAAUGA